GACUUUCGCCGUUGUUGCAACUCGAACUGAUGCCGCGAAAGUCGAAGGAGAUUCUCUCCAGUAAGCGGACGAAGACUGAUAGGUUAGGUGGCAAAAGAAAACAAACAAACAAGUCGCCUGCAGUUGCUUCAACAAAAUCUCAGCAGAAGACAAGCAGAAACAGUGUGGGUCAAAAAAGUAAAACUAAGACCGGGAGGGACAAGAAUAUCGUUGUGAGUGGGAAGACCGCCAAGAAAUGGAAUGGUCUUUCUCGACAGACGCAGGAAUUUGUUUGCUCUGCGUUGGAUGAAGCAGCAAUAUUCGUUGAAUCUGCGUACACACGAUCUAAACACCGCAACAUUUCUAAACUCUUUGCUUCUAUUAAACAACGUGUCGGCGAUGAAUUAAAGACAGUAAAAUCAGCAACAUCCCUUCCAAGAGGCAUCCAGAACUACUAUCAAGUUUCAGACUUGAAUAUACAAUUAGAUAAGCUCUUGAAAGGAGAGCAACAGAAGAUGAAGGAACUAGAUGAUAGCACCGAGAAACUAGAAGAAUUCAUUGAACAGAAGCAAGACCAGUUGCGUGAACUCACUACGUCUGGCUCGGGCAUACAGAAUGCGCAUACAACGUCAUCAGAGGCCAAACAAACUCUACAGGGUGAAAUUGAAGCUCAUUGUGGCAGUGAUGACAUCGACGCUCGAACAUUGUCUAGCGUAGAGGACAGACUGGUCACGUGUCUGACACUGUAGAUAGCUUCCUAGAUACAUACACAACAGGAUUUUGUCUGAUUGGUGCGUAA